AUGAUAUUAACAAAAGUAAUGAUAAUAAUGUGAAUAGUGAUAUUCCUAAAAUUAUUAAUAAUCAGGAGAGUAUUAAUAAUGAGAAUAAUACUAUUAAUGAUAUUAAUAAAAGUAAUGACAGUAAUGUAAAUAAUGAUGUUCAGGAGAAUAUUAAUAAUAAGAAUAAUAUUAUUAAUGCUAUUAAUAUAAAUAAUGAUAGUAGUAUUACUAAUGAUACUAUUGAUACUAACGAUAAAGAGUUAUUAAAARAUAAUAACGAAGUAGAUGUACUUGCAAGUGUUUCUAAACCGACCAGUGAAUCAGAUGAAUCAAAUAYUAAAGAAAUAAAAAUUGUAACUAAAUCUCAAGAAACACAGAAAACACGUGUUAUAAAGGAAGAAAGCGUUYAGCUUGAGUUGAUAGAGCAGAUCACUCCACAAGUUACGGACUCUACUGAAUAUUCUAAUACAAAUAUAAAUGUGUUAGGAUCUCCCACGAAGACUGGACAGAAUCGAUCAUUAUUUAUGAGACCCGUACCAAGAUUAAAUAACAGUGGUCGAAUAAGAAGUAACAGUAUUCAAGGAAUAAAAUUAAGAAGAUUUCAUAAAAGUCCCUUGGUAUACUAUACUUUGAGAAGAGACGUAUUUUCAAACAACAACAACACUACACCAAAUAUUUUAACUAAAGAACAAGCUAACAUAUUAGCAGGAAAAUUAUCUCCAGAGGAACGGAUCACUCUCAUGACUGCUCUGAGCAAAUAUCAAUCACUGGACGAAAAAGCUUCGUAUGAAGCUCAAUUAGCAGGUAUUCGUUGGAGAAGUAAACUAGGAAGGCCUACAAAAUUGCCUAAUCUUGGUGAGGUUGAUCCUACUGGUACUUAUUGUCCUCUCCCCGAGGAUUGGCUUCUUCAAAAGUCUGCUGAAAGUGAUGCAAGACUGAGUAAUAAAGUCCUUUUAAAAGUUGCAUUUAUAAAUAGUAUUCCAUUUAUUGCCUUCGGUUUUCUCGACAAUGCCAUCAUGAUAGUCGCUGGUGACUACAUCGAAUUGUUUUUGAGCAACAAGUUUCCUAUCUCAACUAUGGCAGCUGCAGCUUUAGGAAAUACGGUAUCCGAUAUCAUAGGAAUUGGAUCUACAAAUUGGGUAGAAAUUUUAGUAGAAAAGGUAGGAAUUAAAAGACCACAUUUAAGCAACGCACAAUCAAAGCUACGAAGAACAAGGAUGGCUGUAAAUUUAGGUAGAGUGGUUGGAAUUACUAUAGGAUGUCUACUCGGAAUGGUAACAAUACCAGCUGUAAACUUUUUCUGUAAUAGAUACUGUUAUUUUAAAAAUACCUAAUUACAAAUCUUUAUGAAAAAAGGCGAAAUACGAUACAAAUAACAUACGAAAUAAAUAACAAAUAGAUAUAUUGUUACGUUAUGUUGUGUUAUGAAUUUAACCAUAGAGUUAAUGCACUAUCAAGGAGAUUGUGUUAUAACCCUAACCUCUUUAAACCUUAACUAUAUUUAUAUAUACAUACAUACACAUACAUAUAUAUAUAUAUAUAUGUAUUUAUAUAUAUAAUCACAUAUAUUAUAAAAAAGAUUUAAUAGAAAAUUUCAAACAAGGAUGCACUGAUGUUCAAAGAUGCAUUUAAAUAUUUAAUAUUACACGAUGCAAAAAUUAUCCUUAUUUAUCCAUGCAAUCUACUUUUCAUUCGUUCUGUCGAUAAAGUAGAAUGUAUGAAAAUAGUAAUAAUAAUACCUUAAGAGAGAACAUAUGACACGGAAGCCAAAAAUUUGCAUUUGUUUUAGAUCUAAUUAAUACUUCGCAUAUAUAUAAAU